UUCGAAAUCGUACUAGAAAUCAACGUAACUCCACCGCCUCACGUGUCCGCAACUACACUAUAAAAUUCCAUCCACAUUCCCUCCUUUCGUAGUCGUUGCAAUGUUUAUAUUCGGAUUCUCUCCAGGGGUGGUUUGCCCACUUAUUCUUUGCUUCUUUUUCUUUAAAAGCCCUAUUUCCGCAUUCCCCCUCUCCACUUAUUCUUUUUCUUUAAUUUCUAGCUUUCCUCCGAAGUUGCAGAGUAAUUUCGUGUGGAAAUAUUUAGAUUGUGGCAGCUACUUUGGGGUAUUUGAUUUGAGGGCUCUGUUCUUCGCAAGCAUUCAGUGAUGACAUUAGAGCCUGACCAAGCUCCGGUGGAUUCUAUUACUCUAUUUGUGGCACUCCUCUGCUCCUGCAUUGUGAUUGGUCACCUUCUGGAGAAAAACCGAUGGUUUAAUGAGUCAAUAACUGCACUUGCCAUUGGUUUUUGUACCGGAAUUAUUAUUCUGUUUACCACUGAAGGAAAGAGAUCACACAUUCUAGUAUUUAAUGAGGAGCUUUUCUUUAUAUAUCUUCUUCCUCCUAUCAUAUUCAAUGCUGGAUUCCAGGUCAAAAAGAAGCAAUUUUUCCGUAACUUCAUGAUGAUUAUUUUGUUUGGUGCUGUUGGUACUUUGAUAUCGUUUGUCAUCAUAUCCGUAGGUACCGUGCAGUUAUUUAAGAAAUUGAAUAUUGGUUUCCUGGACAUUGGAGAUUAUCUUGCACUUGGAGCAAUCUUUUCAGCCACAGAUUCUGUUUGCACUUUGCAGGUGCUUAAUCAGGAUGAGACACCUCUUUUGUACAGUAUAGUCUUUGGCGAAGGUGUGGUAAAUGAUGCCACAUCGAUUGUUCUUUUUAAUGCAAUUCAGAAAUUUGACCUCUCUCACAUCACCUCAAGCAUUUUUAUGGAAUUCAUUGGGAGCUUCUUAUACUUUUUUAUUACAAGCACAUUGCUAGGAGUAGGGGUUGGAUUAAUAAGUGCAUACAUCAUAAAGAAAUUGUACAUUGGCAGGCACUCUACCGAUCGUGAAGUUGCUCUCAUGAUUCUCAUGGCUUACCUCUCAUAUAUGAUGGCUGAAUUGUUCAAUUUGAGCAGCAUUCUUACAGUGUUCUUUUGUGGGAUUGUUAUGUCACACUACACCUGGCAUAAUGUGACUGAAGGUUCUAGAGUCACCACCAAGCACGCUUUUGCAACAUUAUCUUUCAUAUCAGAGAUUUUCAUCUUCCUCUAUGUUGGUAUGGAUGCUUUGGAUAUUGAGAAGUGGAAAGUUGUUAGCAAAAGUCCUGGAACAUCUGCUGGGGUGAGCUCAAUACUGCUUGCCUUAGUUCUAGUUGAAAGGGCAGCUUCUGUGUUCCCUCUAUCCUUUUUGUCCAAUUUAAUUAAAAGGUCUCAGAGUGACAAAUUUACAUUGAAGCAACAGGUUAUAAUAUGGUGGGCAGGGCUCAUGCGAGGUUCUGUGUCCGUGGCACUUGCUUAUAGUCAGUUUACCAGAUCGGGGCAAACUCAAUUGCGUGGAAAUGCCAUUAUGAUAACCAGCACCAUCACUGUUGUUCUUUUUAGCACUGUGGUGUUCGGAUUAAUGACUAAGCCUCUAAUAAGGCUGCUGCUGCCAAGCAAGCAUCUUAGCAGCCCCGUCUCCUCUGAAUCUUUUGAUUCUUUUCCUUCUAAGCCGGUGACAGAUCUUCCACUUAUUGCCAACGGGCAAACUGCAGAUUCUGAAAUGGGUGGUGACAGCAUUCCCCGUCCAACCAGCUUACGCAUGCUCCUGACAACCCCGGCUCAUACAGUCCACUACUACUGGCGGAAGUUUGAUGACAGUGUCAUGCGCCCGGUGUUUGGUGGGAGAGGUUUUGCGCCAUAUGUUCCUGGCUCACCAACAGAACCACUUCUUCACUGAUUACAAAUACCAUACACUGAAUUUUGAAUUUGAAAAAAAAAGAGAUAGGGAGAUUUAAGGAUCGGCCUUAUGCAUAUUUAUAUGUAUUACUGAUUAGAGUUAUUGCAUGGUGGAUAACAUGCCUUGUGUAAAUAAUACUGAUUAGAGUUAUUGCAUGGUGGAAAACAUGACGAGAGAGAUGAUGGUACAUUUGUACCCUCUUCCUCAAUUCAGAAUCAGGUGGGUUAGCUUUAUAAUAUUCCACCACAAAACAUACAAGGAAUGUCAUAUAAAGCCAGAGAGUCAUAAAGUCUCCUGAGGAGUGGAUGAGUACGUCAAGAAAAAUCAUUUGCAGGCAUUUAUCUGAGGUCAACCUCUCAAAUGACAAUAACAUUCUUAUUCUACCCCGUCAGGGAGCAGAAAAAUGUGAAAUAUUCAAUAUUCUGCAUGUACUUUUAAAACCCUUUUGACAAUGGUUUCGCCACCAAGUAUUAUAUGGAUUUUUUUUAUAGAGGAAUUUCUUUUUCCAUUUUUUUUUUUGGAAGAGAAAGAAAUAGCAGAAGGUUCAGAUAUUUUCUAACGGGUUUUCGAUGCAAUCUGCUCCAUUAAGUUCCAGAUGUAGACAUUUGUUUUUUGUAUCAUCGACUGGCCGCGACUGUCAAAACCCAUCAUUGAAUUUGUCUUCAGUAUGGCAUUAAGUUAUUUUUUUAAAUUCAUGCCAGA